AUGACUUCGCAGCAACCUCCAAAACAACAGCAGACGGAGAAAGGAGCAGGUGAUAAAGAAAAGAAGAAGAAGGAGACUAUUCUUGAUUUAUCAAAAUACCUGGAGAAACCAAUCCGAGUCAAGUUCAGUGGGGGAAGAGAAGCCAGUGGUAUACUGAAAGGAUAUGAUCCACUGUUAAAUCUUGUAUUAGAUGACACCACAGAAUAUUUGAGAGAUCCAGAUGAUCCGUACAAAUUGACUGAAGACACAAGGAGUUUAGGACUUGUUGUGUGCCGAGGCACAUCAGUUGUCUUAAUUUGUCCAUCAGACGGAAUGGAAGCUAUAGCAAAUCCUUUCGUGCAGCAGGACGGAUGAGUGGGUGUUAACAUACUGUUGUUAUGAACAUGUACGAAGAUUUAGGUGUACAGAAGAAUUU